AUGGUCGACUCGGUUGGUCUCAACGAUGAGAAUCGGCGCAUCCUCGAUGAGUUGGUGCAGUAUCUUUCUUUGCUGAAUGCCGCGCAGAUCGAUUUUGCUGCAUGCGGUGAUUUCAAUAUGAAGUUGUCUGAGCUUGCGGCUUCAAGUUUGGCGGACAUCGAGGUGCUUUUUGCUGUGCCAAGGGCGGCGACCUGUCGCCCGGCGCAGGUCGAGAAGCAUUCCAUCACCGGCGAUUGCCUCGUCGGGUCGAACCUCACAAUCCACAUGGAGUUGGCAGCCGACAACGUUGACAUGAAUGUGAGGGUGCUUGUCAUGCCGAAGGGUAUAGCGUCGACGCCGCCGAUUGGCUGUGCCAGAAGUGUGGAAGAUUGGGUUCCUGCGCUUGCGGCUAUCAGACAGGUCUCGGGCGUCCAGGGCCUUCCGUUAGCGUGGGAUGAGGUGCUUAUUACUCUUGAGGGAGAGCUGCUGGAUGGGCGCGACGUGGUCGGUCCAGGGCGCAAUCUAUACCAAGGUCGGGCGGGCGAGGUCGGGGCGGAGCUGAAGACGGCGACGCGGGUCCCCCUUGGUCGCCGCACUCGGCUUGACCCCCAGGCACAGGCGAUGAAAGUUGCAGCCAGAUGGGUCAAACACCUCAUGGGGGCCAGGGCCUACAUUCAGAGGUCUCUCAACGAGCUGCACUUGUCGGAGCUGGUCUGCCCGCCCCCGCCCAUCUCCUACAGGGUGCUGGCGCUGUUUCUUCUGGAGGCAUAUGCUCAUCUGGAGAAAAUUCAGCGGAAGCGUUCCGUCCCCUCGCAUUUGGAGCAGUGGGUAAGAGACUUUCUCUGCGGCGGCAUCGGUGUCCUCAGCAGGGGCGGCUUUGUGGAGCUUGCCAGCAAGAUCGUUGAGGACUGCCAGGAGAUGUUUAACAAGGCGGUUUCGGAGAAGCACAAGGCUUGGGUGAAGUUUGCCAGAGACAGCUUCCAGCGAGGGGCCAGCCGAGUGCACGAUACCACCAAGACGCAGUCAGAGCAGCGACUGGCCCAGGACGUGUCGGAGUGCGUGCUCUGCUCUUGUUCGCAGACCAAGGUCUGCGCCAGGCACCCCGGCGCUGACAUCUGCGGGCUGGGCGCAGGGCGCACCUCUACCGACUCCGCCUCCCAGCCCAAUUUGGAGACGGAGAUCGCGGAGCGGAGCCUGCCAAUCUUCAUGCGGGUCCUGGCAGGCUGCUCCCACGCGUGUUUCUUGGUCUCAGUAAUGUUGCACAAGCUGCUGGAGUCUAUCAGGGCGCAGACGAUCACCCCGCGGGCGCUAAUUGACGACGUCAGCAUUCAGUGGAUUGGUGGUGACCGAGACCAGCUGCGCUGCUUCUGGGCCGCGGUCACGCGAUUCAGAGAAGGGGCUAUGGAGCUGGGCAUCAUCAUUCAGGUGGAGAAGUCAGGCUCUUCUAGUCUUGCGCUCUACCUGGCCACGCAGCGCUCCAAAGAGUUCGACCCCAUCUACAUGGCCACAUGUUACCUGGUCUGUCGGUACGCGGCGACAGUGCCGCGGUCAGCGAAGGGCCGCGGGCUCCAAGUCUACGGGCUCACUGGUCAGGUGUACCGUGGACGAGGCAGGCCAAGUCUGGCAUGUGGGCAUGCUAGCGACACUCCUGGUCACAGGUUCUUCGGUUGCGAGCCCAUCUUGGACCCUGAGGACGGCGCCGAGGAGGCAGGCAACGUUCUCCCUGAGAAGUUCACCGGCUUCUAUGUCAAUGAGGAAUACUACAAGCUCGAGAUGAAUUUCGCCAAGCGUGCUGCGGCCUACAUUGGGUGGGUGAUGCAGCGUGCCAUGCGCGCUGGCAGGACGCAGCCGCCUUGGCCGUCCCGCCUGCUGUUCGUCUCGACGGACGGCUGGGCCAGGCUGUCAGCGGUCGGCGAGGUUGGCUCCAGGCGGGGGGGCUUGAAGAAUGAGCGUUCGUUCUAUCUUUGGGAGCGGGCAGUGCGAGAAGCACCAGGGCAGACGGCCAUCGCUCUGCCUUGCUUGCUAGAGUCGCGGACUGUGAGCGCACGCCUGCUGGCCAGCGCAAGGAGCGCGCCUUUGGCGGCCGCGCCCGGCGCCGCGGGGCCCCCCCGCGGGGCCAUGGCGGCCGCGCCCGGCGCGGCCGGCGAGCCCGCGCCCGGCGGCGGUGGCGUGGGCCGCGGGCCGCGCCCGCUGCGGCGGGCGCCCGCGCUGCCCCUGCGGCAGCACGCCCUGAGGCGGGCCGGGCUCGGCGAAUCUCUCGGCUGCUGGCUGCGCGGGAGCGUGCUCCAGCCCGUGGCGCCCGCCCAGAUCGUCGGGGGCCAUGGCUCGCCAGGAGCCGCCGGGGGCGUCGCCGCCUUCGAGGCGCCCGGCAUGCCGGGGCAGGCCCCCAUCAGGCACCGCCCGCUGAGCGGCGAGCUCCUCGACAGCGAAGAGGAGGGCGCCUGGCUGCCGGACCCCAUCGCCCACGAGGGCUCGCGCGCGCGGGGCGGCCGCGAGGCCGAGGAGGCACGGCUCUUCGGCUGGGACGAGCUGAUGGGCACGUGGGAGCGCCGGACCAUCAAGAAGGCCGACAAGAAGGAGAAGGAGGCGAGGAGGAAGAGAGAGAAGAAGGAGGAGGCGGCGCAGAAGAAGAAGGACAAGGACAAGAAGAAGAAGGUGGAGCACCUCCUGACCGCGAUCGACGUGGCGAUCCUGGGCGACAGGGUGCCGACGCUCCUGAUCCUCGCCGACAGGAACGGCAGGGAGAGCCAGCAGCAGGUGGAGGCCCUGAAGCGCUUCAAGCUCGGUGUCCACGGCAGCGUACGCGUCUUCGUGCUGUACCUGCACGAGUUCGACUGGCUGUUCCAGGCCUGGGAGGUCAAGGAGCUGCCGCGGCUGCUGUUCUUCGGGGCCGGGGGCGCGGACGGCCGCCACGUGGUGCCGGGGCCGCUGGAGCCCGAGGCGAUCGCGGAGGCGUUCUCGAGGAGGCUCGCGGUGGACCUCUCCUGGGCCGACUUCGACCCAAAGAAAGAACCCAGCGACCUCUGGCACAGAGGCCUGCGCCUGCUGCGCGGGUGGCUCCCGCCCCGCCGCGGGCCUCCGCAGGGCGCCGUUGUCGAGCGGGGCGCGCUCUGAGAGGCCGCCGCGCGGGGCGGUGCUCUUGGCGGGGGCGGCUGGGCGCCGGCGCCCCGCGGUGGGCGGGCUUGCGGGGGGGGGCCCUUGCGGGGCGCCCGUCGCCGCGCUGGACCCUCGCCGUCGCCGCUGCUGCGGCCGCCACCGCCUCUAUCUCGGAGGAGAGAGGCUGUAGACUCCGAGUGCCUCCACAGGUGUGUGGGGUGCCCAGGCCUGAUCGCGUCGCGAAGAAGUUUGAGCAGGACGCGCCGUUUUUCAAUGUGAGGCAUUCGAAGUGGACUGAACCUUCGAUUGGGUCUCUUGGGUCGGCGCUGGAGGCGCCGCCGGAGGCUGCCGGCGCCGAUGCAAGGACUCCGCGCGGACCUCCGAACGUUUGU